AUGGCCGGCCACAAGACGAGGGAUUCCUCGAAAGGCGAUGUGGACCCAAAUUCCGCCAAAUCUCACAAGCGAAAGAGAGAUCAGAAUGUCCCCCAGGUCGCCACCACUCCCACGCCGGCGAAAAAGCAUAAGAAGCGCGAAAGCUUGUCAACCGCACAGUCAACCGAGCACGAUGAUGGCAGCACCAAAAAGCGCAAGCGACUCAAGGAUGCUCUCCAGGGAGAGGAUACCCCGCAAACGUCCAAGAAAGAAAGUGCUGUCUCGGCAAACCGCAGCAAAGAGAGUACUACAGACUCGCGUCACGACGUCAGUGAGACGGGAAAGAAGUCGAAGAGCGGCAAGCGAAAGAGCACUAACAAGAGCGACAAAUUGGAUGAUGAGGUUGCACCUGUAAAUGCAGAUAGCGACGAUGAGGAGGUGGAAGCCGAACCCAAAACAUCCAAGAACAAGCACUCGGGUAUUCUGUCAAAAUUUGAGCGCACCAAAACUGUCGCCAGCUCCAAAUCCAAGAAGCCCGAGCCUGAAACUGUCGAAGAUGAGACGCCUGCUGUGGAACCCGUCUUUGCACAGGGCCUCGAGCCAUUGCCGCAGCCUGAAAAUCCCCCAGAGCUAGAGCAACUCCCAACUUAUUCCUCUCUACCUCCCUGGUUGGCAAACCCUUUACGGAAGUCGGCCGAUGUCAGAUCCGAGUUCUCCGAAUUGGGGAUCAAACCAGACCUUCUCAAAAUUCUCCAACAACAUGACUACAAAGAAGCAUUCGCCGUACAGUCCACUGUUAUUCCUCUGCUUCUUCAAGGCGAGCAGAACCACCCUGGCGAUCUCUGUAUUUCUGCAGCCACUGGAUCUGGAAAAACACUUUCCUACGUCCUUCCAUUGGUCACUGCUCUAACGCCACGACCUGCCUCGAGACUAAGGGGUCUGAUUGUGGUUCCCACCCGAGAACUGGUGAAGCAAGCCCGUGAAGCCUGUGAACUUUGUGCUACGGGAUCACGACUUCAUAUUGGAAGCGCAGUGGGCAAUGUGGCCAUUAAAGAUGAACAGAAGCAAUUGAUGCGAGUGGACCAGGUUUACAAUCCAGCCAUUCAACAGCAACAACGGGAUGGGCUGGUAGGGAAUGACUGGAUGAACCUGAGCCUUGAAAAUUGUGUCAGCGAAGCAGUCGACUCCAAUGGUUCUCUUCCUGGUUACAUCCAACGAUCAGAGCCCAACAUUGACAUUCUUAUUUGUACCCCUGGCCGUCUGGUUGACCACAUUCGUUACACUAAAGGCUUCACAUUGCAGCAUCUCGAAUGGCUCGUGAUUGACGAGGCUGAUCGUCUCUUGAACGAAAGUUUCCAGGAGUGGGUUGAUGUCAUUAUGCACUCGUUAGACAGCCGACAGGCGCCAGAGACCUUCGGCCCUGGCGGCAAACUUCUAUCGGAGCUUGGACUUUCUAUUGAAGCCAAGCCACCUAGAAAGGUGAUUCUGAGUGCAACGAUGACUCGCGAUAUCUCGAAGCUCAACUCCUUGCGCCUUGCCAACCCUAAGAUGAUUAUCAUCGGGUCCGAAGAUGCUUCAAACGAGGGAGACCUACCUGCCACUCAUGCCGAUGCUCACUUCGCCUUGCCACCAACCUUGUCCGAACACAUUGUUCAAGUCGGCGACGGAUCUCUCAAACCGCUUUACCUGCUGCGUCUCCUUCUAUCUCACAUUGAUCUUAGCGGAGAUCUUGCUCCCAACGUUUCUGAUUCAUCCGACUCUGACAGCACCAGCUCCGAUGACACCAGCGAUGACGAUACUAGCUCCGAUGAAUCGUCCGAUGAUGAGACUUCAUCUUCUGGAUCUGAUUCGGAAUCCGAGUCUCACUCUGACUCUGAGUCUGAUUCGUCGUCUGAUUCCGAUUCUUCAGACGAGUCUUCGGACGCUGACUCGGAAUCUGAUGCCAUGGACCUGGUGCCUGAGCCGACGCGCAAGACUGUCUUGAUCUUCACCAAAUCAUCAGAAUCUGCCUCACGUCUCUCACGCCUCAUCUCGCUGUUGCACCCACCACUGGCUAAGCGUGUAGGAACAAUCAUCAAAUCUAACAAGUCUUCUGCAUCUCGCAAGACCCUGACGGCUUACCGCCAAGGCCGUAUCUCGAUCAUCGUGGCCACCGACCGUGCUUCUCGCGGUCUUGAUCUCCACUCUCUAACUCAUGUUGUCAACUACGACAUCCCAACAAGUGUUACUACCUAUGUCCAUCGAGUGGGACGUACCGCACGUGCUGGCCGGGCAGGUUCGGCGUGGUCUCUGGUUGCUCAUCGCGAAGGUCACUGGUUUGCCAACGAAAUUGCGGCUAGUGUGGAUGGCCGGAUUACACGUACCUCAAACAUCGACCGUGUCCAGAUCAAGCCGGACUCACUCGGCUCGCUGAAGCCCAAGUACGCGAAGGCCUUGGACAAGCUCGAGAAGGAGUUCUUACAAUCUUCACUUCAUCUUAUUGCCUUUCACCUCUUCGAAAAUCAGUGCUUCCAAUCAUCACUUCUACGACAAUCACAUCUUCCACCUCUUCCAGUCCUAUCUUCCUUCGCUUUACGACCCCAUCCACUCCUGCACUACAACACCAAUACCAACCUCUAUCUCUGUCUCACAGCCGCGCGGAUCAUGGAUUCAGCCACAGACGACGACGAAGCCGGCAGUGGCUCCACCAGGCAGUCAAACAAACCUGAUGGUGAAACAUAUUUCGGCCCCCGUGAGAAAAUCCUCUUCAACGAGGUAAUCGAUUCCCAGAAGCCAAGCGGCGCUACUACAAGCAGUAUCCUACCCGCGGAACAAGAAGUGAACAAACUCAGUAGUGAAUGGAUUCGUAUCUGUGGCAAGAUACUCGCAGAGGAUUCCAAUGCCGCAAAGAGCCAAUUGCGGCAACCAUUGCUCUACUUACACUGCUACUACCGAGAUUCCCCGCGACGUUGCCUCGGCACUAUUGGACCACUAUUGGACCUGAACGCCAGCGACGAUGCAAAGGCCAACGAGGCAGCCGCACCAGCUAGGUCCACAAUGUCUGCACAGCAGUUGCUAGCAGCAGCAGAGUGCCUGGCUAAGGAUAGCUCGGUCGACCACCGAGUUCUUGCGCUACAGUUUACAAGGGAGCCACAGAUGGACAACACGGCUAAGGAAGAGGUUGUUGCUCGUUUAUGCUUCCAGCAAUGGAAGAACCGUGGCUAA